UUGGAGUGAUUCAAAGGGUAAAAUAUCAAACGAUGGAUCAGGAAAUUUUAGACCCUUUCUGUGACCCAGACAACCCCAAAAAAGUAACGUUCAAGGAAGUCGAGGCAGCUUCAGCUAUAAUUAAAGAUGACCUCCUGAGCCCUUGUGUUAAAUCUAGAAUGUCUGAAAUACUGAAUUUGAAAGAAGUUUACUUCAAGAAGGAAUUUCAACAGCGUACAGGGAGUUUCAAAGAAAGAGGAGCAAGAUAUUCUCUUAUGAAGCUAACUGAAGAGCAGCAGAAGAAAGGAGUUAUAGCGGCCAGUGCCGGUAACCAUGCCUUGGCUCUGGCCUACCAUGGCUAUUGUUUGAACAUCCCAGUGACCGUGAUCAUGCCAACCAUCGCACCAAUGAUGAAAGUACAAGCAUGCAAACGUUACAAAGCUACGGUCAGAAUUGAAGGCCAUGAUAUUUCAGAGUCAAAAAGGUAUGCACAGAAACUUGGUGAGGAAAAGGGAUUAGUUUACAUAAAUGGCUAUGACCAUCCUCAUAUCAUAGCCGGACAGGGAACAAUGGCGUUGGAGAUCGUGAAACAAGUCCCUGAUUUGGAGGCGGUCGUUAUACCUGUUGGCGGGGGAGGACUGAUUGCGGGGGCUGCAGUGGCUUUGAAGCACCUCAAACCAGACGUCCAGAUUAUUGGUGUCGAAGCGGAGAGAUGUCCCAGUUUCUCAAAAGCAAGAGAGAAAGGAAAACCAACAAAAGUUGAAGUAAUCUCCUCUAUCGCUGAUGGUUUAGCUGUGCCAACAGUUGGAGUGAAUGCAUUUGCAACAGCCAAUGAAUUGAUUGAUAAAAUGAUUACAGUUAAGGAGGAGAAUAUAGAUCUAGCAAUUCUGCGUCUGAUUGAGAUCGAGAAAGCUAUUGUUGAAGGAGCAGGUGCUGCAGGAUUGGCCGCCAUUAUAGAGGGGUUACUUCCGGAACUGGCUGAUAAAAAGGUGGUCGUGGUACUGUGUGGUGGAAACAUUGACACUCCAGUCCUGGGUCGUGUGAUAGAACGUGGGCUGGCUUCUGAUGGACGUUUUGUUAGAUUUAAGGUGACUGUGACAGACCGUCCUGGAGGGAUAACUUAUCUAAUCAAUCUAUUGUCAGACCUAGGAGUCGGCAUCCAUGACAUAUUUCAUGAAAGAGCAUGGCUGAAAUCAGAUGUAUUUUCAGUACAGGUGAAGUGUGUUGUAGAGACGAGGGAUACAGCUCACUCACAGGAACUAAAAGCAGCUCUCGAAGAAAAAUACAAAAAUGUGGAGUGGCCACAGAUGUAGGACUGAUAACGCACGUGACAGUUU